GUAUUGGUUAUGCACUUGCCAAAGAAUUUCUAAAGGCAGGUGACAAUGUCAUAGUUUGCUCAAGAUCAGGUGAGCGUGUAGAAUUAGCAGUUCAACAGUUGAGACAAGAAUUUGGAGAGCAGCAUGUGUGGGGAACUAUUUGUGAUGUUAGAGAAGGAAAGGAUGUCAAGGCACUAGUUGGUUUCGCAAGUGACAAGCUAAAUUACAUUGAUAUAUGGAUUAACAAUGCUGGAUCAAAUGCAUACAGUUACAGACCAUUGGCUGAAACUUCAGAUGAUGUUCUUAUGGAAAUUGUCACAACAAACACUCUUGGUUUGAUGAUAUGUUGCCGUGAGGCAAUAAAUAUGAUGCUGAACCAACCUCGAGGUGGCCACAUUUUUAAUAUUGAUGGAGCUGGUUCAGAUGGAAGGCCAACCCCUCGAUUUGCUGCAUAUGGUGCAACCAAACGCAGUGUGGUGCACCUAACCAAAUCCCUACAGGCGGAGUUGCAGAUGCAUGAAGUGAAGAAUGUUAUGGUGCACAGCUUAUCGCCUGGCAUGGUCACGACUGAUCUUCUUAUGUCUGGGGCCACCACAAAACAAGCCAAAUUUUUCAUCAAUAUUUUGGCCGAGCCACCUGAUGUGGUUGCAGAGUACCUCGUGCCGUGCAUCAGAUCAAUCCCCAACACUCAGUCCGUGAAGCCCACUUACAUUCGAUUUCUCACAGGCUUGAAAGCCUACUCCCAGAUAUUCUCUAGACUUGCCUUUGGUGCCAGAAGAAACAGAUACCUCAUUGAAGACUAGGAUUGUUUUCCGAAAAUAUCGACCCGUGAUGGUAAUUUAACAAUUCGACAUGCAGAGCUGCACAUCUUGAUCCUUUGGUUAGAAGAAAAGACCCAGCUGUACAAGUCUCUGGAACUAUCAGCAUUGAGGACAGGAUGAUUUGAACAAGGAAGUUGUUUACUGGGAAUGUUAGAAGACACCACGGCAAAGAAUGAUAUGAGACUACGUCCUUGCUAAAAUAUUGUCAAAGUUUGGAAGUUUAGGCAAUUAUAAUGCUUUCUGCUUUCCAUGAACUGAUGGACCGAUAAAGGGACUUGCUAUAUGGUGUUGAACAGUGUGUAGCAUCAUUUCACUUAAUGAGCACCUGAAUACCAAUGUGUUUAAUGUCCCACAUUUAUGGAGCCUUUCUUGAUGAGAAUGCUAAAAUAUGUUUGUUGCA